GGGCGAGCGUCUCCCGUUUUGUUGCACGAGGAGAGUCGCGAGCAGCCUCUGAUGACAGACAGACAGCAGAUCUGCUGCCUCACUGACUGCGACACCUGAACGAGCACCAAACACAUGAAGGAGAGCCAACUGUAGGCGAGGAAGGAGGAGGACCGGGAGGCUUUUUCCUGAAAUAUAAAGAAACGAAAAAGCGGCAGAAGAAGAGGAGGAGGAGGAGGACCCGGAGAGAGGAGAGCGGGGGCAGCCAGUCAGGCAGUCAGGCAGCCGGCUGGCCGGGACACGGAGCCCGUCCAGUGGGGGAGAAAUCACCGCCGCGACCGUCACAUCACAUCCAGCUCCGCGAUGACAAAGCCGGUCGGACUGCAUAUGAGCACCAAGCUGGGAACAAGACCAAGAGCCAUGUGGAGGCAGUCCUUGUCCCUGAGGCCGACUCUACACCAUAGAUAUGUUCUGAAUGUCGUGUACAGCAACUUUAUAUAACAAGUCCCAGUGAAGCAGAGAGAGAUGUCGCAGAAGAAGAUAUUCCUGAUCUUCAUCGCCAUCAGCACUGUCAGUCUCCUGCUGCACCAUGGGGGCCACUUGAGCUGGACCAUGGAGGCCUUCCACCUCGGCUGCCCUGCCCUCCGCUCCCACCCCGCCCCGGGCCUGAAGCCUAAGCACACCAACGUGGCCUUCCUCAAAACCCACAAAACGGCCAGCACCACCAUGCAGAACCUGCUUUUCCGGUUCGCGGAGCGCAACAACCUCACGGUGGCGUUGCCCGUGCAGGCCUGCAGCCACCAGUUCUGCUACCCGCGCUCCUUCACCUCCCACUUCGUCCACCCGCACACGCUGCCGCCGAACGUCAUCACCAGCCACAUGCGCUUCAACAAGGCGGAGCUGCAGCGCCUGAUGCCCAACGACACCAUGUACAUCACCAUCCUGCGAGAGCCGGGCUCCAUGUUCGAGUCCUUGUUCAGCUACUACAACCAGUACUGCCAGAGCUUCAAGAGAGUCCCCAACGGCUCCCUGGAGGCUUUCUUAGAGGAGCCGUGGCGUUACUAUCGGCCGGAUGAGAAGGACUCCAUGUACGCACGCAAUACCUUGACCUUUGACUUGGGUGGAGACAAAGAUCGCCCCGCAACAGAUGUGGCGUACGCACGGGCGUUUCUGGCUGAGGUGGAGCGAGUUUUCUCCCUGGUUAUGAUCGCGGAGUACUUCGAUGAGUCGCUGGUGCUCCUUCGCCACCUCCUGUCUUGGGAUCUGGAUGACAUCCUGUACGUUAAACUCAACAUGCGAACGACAAGCUCGAAGCGGAGCCUGACCCCGAGCCUUCCAUCAAAGAUCCGUGCCUGGAAUUCCCUGGACGCACGUCUCUACGACCACUUCAACGCCUCGUUGUGGCGCCAGCUGUCCGCUUUGGGUCCGGCCUGCGUGGCGAGGGAGGUGCGGCUCCUCCGGCGAGCUCAGGAGAGGUUAAUGCGAAGCUGCUUCGGCGGGCGGAUGCCGCUUCUACGCUCUGCGGCGCAGAUCAAAAACAAAGAUCUCCGCCCCUGGCAGCCAAGUGGGAAAGUUGACAUCGUGGGCUACGACCUUCCGGUGAAUCUCAGCCGCGGGUUCUCGAGUCAGGCCCAGGAGCUCUGCCUCAAGCUCAUCAUGCCGGAGGUCCAGUACACACGGGUGCUCCUGCGUUCCCAAUCGCUGCGCUACCGCCGGAGCUACCAGCUCCGGCCUCCGCAGCAGUCGCACCCCAUCCAGCAGCCCAUACGCACAGUCCUGCCGCGGCAUCCUCAAGUGCAACGCAGCCAACCGCCCCCUGCUGCAGCCCCGGGCCCUGCAUCAGGGACACGGUCCACCUCCACCUCAAAACCUGCUGCAGGAACUCAAGGUCGGACCACAAAGUUAGGGCCUAAAUCUUCUCAGACGCAGGCUGUACAGACUGAUAAAUAGAGAGUAGAUCUGAGUGCCCAACUGACUGCAUUGUCCUAGCCAUCCUGAACCUUGAGACAAUGGUGCUUGAUUGGUGUGUUGGGGAAAAAAGCUUGUUCAGUGUCUCUCCUGUCCCUUCCUGACAGAGUUUGGGAUAAAAAUAAAUGAGGGAAAGAGGGUAAGACAUAUCUGGACUUGAACUUGAAUCUCUCCCCUCUCCGCUCUGUGAAACAGUAUCAGGGCUGGCAGACACAAGGGCGGGAGAAAUCCACACUAGGACUCUGCUCAAUUGCAAACCUCUGCACGCCCGGCUACAGCGGAUGGGAGAGGGUUUUAGGUGAAAGUUGGUCUUUGAGGCAAAUCUGUUAUGUGCAACCGAGACUCAAUGGGGAAGUGGCGAUAUCGGGCCCAUUGUGAGGCACAGAGUAGGCAUUGUGUGUAUCACACUGGUAUAGUAUCAUGUUACUUGCUUUCAUUCUCCGUUUCUAGAGCUCUCUCUUGCUAACAUAUGCCACUUAAAGUCCUUGAGAGAGACAUAAUGACAUAAAGGGAUCAGCUGUCAGGCGUCCAAAGAGCCUCCUAAGAGGCCAGACAGACAUUGAGAUCACCUCCGAGCAUUAUUACAACAGCACAAUCAACAACUCUUCUUCUUCUCUUACAAACUCCUGAGCCUUAGGCUACAUCCACACUAAUGCAUCUCAUUUUAAAGCGAUCUCUGUUUAUACAAGGGUUUUAGCACUGUGUAAAAAACAAUCUCAGCCUAGUUUAACAUGCAUAUUUAUGCACACUGGGAAUUUGCAGGUCGGUGUUAUCAGAUUGUCCAACUAGGAACAGACUGAGAACA